UGUGAUCCACUUCCAAUGCUCUUCCUAAUUCUUAGCUUAUGUCUCAUUUCAUUCAGACACACCAAUUCUCAAUCUCCCGACGUUGUCUCAUCAUUAGUAGAUAUCAGCCAAGCCGUUGUUGCUGGCAAACAUCUCUCCACAGAGUUAACAAGCUAUCUCAACAAAGAGGAAUCUCGUCUAGAUAAACUUCGUGAAGUUAUCCUACGAUUAGACUCCGCGCUAGAGAUCUUCAAUGCCUCAGAUCCAAAUCAAUUGUCCCUUCCAUCGAUCGAAAGCGAAGCAGCGGCUAACCCGAUUUCAGCAUUUCUUGCCAUUGUUCGACUUGCGGCAAACUGGUCAAGUGAAUUGUCUGUGAUACUAGGAUUUCCAAAUGUGGAUCCUGACAAAGUAGACUCAAUUAGUUAUAAAGAUACCUCAAUGGGAGUGUAUAAUGAAUUUGACUCAAGAAGAAAUCUAUAUUUGAGGCUAAAAUGGUACGCGAGUAUGCUUCCUGAUGAUAGGGAUGUUCAAGGUGCAUUGGAUGCUGUGAUUAGGCUUCAACAAACAUACAAUAUUCCAUCUAUAGAAAUAGCGGAAGGGAGAAUUCUGCCCUCAUCCCCGUCUCCUCGUUUAUCAGACUGGCAUUGCAUGAAACUCGGCCUCUUCUGCUACGAAUCGGGCGAUUACGGCCGUGCAAUUGAAUGGUACAAUGUGGUAUUGGAUCGACUCAACGCCAAGAGAAAGGAAGACAAACUUGAGACAGGAAAGGGUGCUGUGUCAUUUGCAUCGCUUUACGAUCACCUAUCCUACGCUCUUGGUCGGUCCGGAAGAUAUAAAGAAGCACUAGAAGUCACAAAGAAACUGUUAAUAGAAGGUGAAAGGGCGGUUGACCAGGAAGCAUAUAUUUUCGAUGACCUUUGCAGAAAGGCUAAUGCAUGGAGUCCCCCUAAAUCCAACUUGAACUGCAGAUAUUCCACACCUCAUCCUUACUUCCUGAUUGGACCCCUGAAAGAAGAACUCUUGCAGGAAGAUCCACCUAUUAUACUCUGGCAUGAUUUUGUUAGUCAAAAAGAAGUGGAUGAAAUUAUUGAGAUCGCCAAGCCAAAGCUGAGAAGAGCACUGGUUCGCAACCCUGAAAGUGGAGUUCUCGAACCCGCCGCCUACCGAGUGACCAAAAAGCAAGCAAAUGUUGCCCUGUCAGGUCAAGUUCAUGGAUGUCGGGCUUGCUAUUUGAAUGACUAUGGACUUCCAAUUUCGAAUUUUAGCGUUUGGUUACCGGAUGAUUUGAAUGAAUUAACGAAGCGCAUAAACAAACGCAUAAGCAUGGCCACUGGACUGAGCAUUGAACACGGGGAAGAACUUCAAGUUGCUAACUACGGACUUGGGGGCUACUACGCACCUCACUACGACUACGCAAGGGUAAACUUGAAUUCUUUUUUUUCUUUUUGUAUACGUUAA